AUGCAGGCAUCAAUCUCGAGAAUUAAACCUAUACGAGAGGCUCUCUCCGGCUCAGAGUCUGGAUCUGAAUCAGACUAUUCAUCAUCUGAUGUGACAGAAGAUGAAGAUGGAGCUGAGCUGACUCCGGCCUUGGACGCUGCCAUUCUGAGAACACUCAGUAAAAUAAAAAAGAAGGAAGGAGUCUACGGAACGGAAAAUGUAUUGCAAGAGGAACUGCAAAGAGCUCAAGCAAGAGCCGAGGCAAAAGGGAUCAAAACGGGGGUAACGAGAAAAGCUGAAAAGCCUUUUCUGCUGCAAGACUAUCACCGAGCUAAGCUUCUCUCAGGUGAUAAUAACGAUGAAGAUACCGAAGCAUCUACCGAGCCUCUAACCUACGUUCAAUCAAGGAGACUUAUGCAGGAAGAAGCAAUAUCAGCUUUCCAAUCUCUAGCAGACGGAGAGUCUGAUGAAGAAGGUGACUUCAUCAAGAAGAGAGACAAGAAUGAAGGAGAAGAGGAGCAAGAUGAUGAUGAAUAUCGCCAGUUCUUGUUGGAAAUGGGUGGAGGUGAAGAUGAAGUGAGGAAAAUCUUGGGAAUGGGUGAUCAACCCAUUUCUGGUGUCUUCGAAGCUAGCGAUAUCGAAGAUGGUAAGGAUCAAGUCGCUUCAGUGUCGAAAGUCGAAAAGAAAGAGAUUGUAGCCAAGAAGAAAGCUACAAAGGAAAAGAAGGCAAAAAAGGAUGAUGAGUUUUUGAUGAACUAUAUCUUGAACCGAGGUUGGAUCGAUCGAUCAGAUGAUCAUGUUCCGACCUACAAAGAAGUCGUUGGAAACGAUGUUGAGUCAGAGGUGGAGGUGGAUAUAAUGGAAAAGAGCAAAGCUGGACCAUCGAGUCACCCGUGGGGAGAGCUUGACGAGGAAGAUGAGUUUGACGAUAAAGCCGACGCUUUUGAGGCUGAAUAUAACUUCAGAUUUGAAGAGCCUGGAUCAUCAAAUAUUCUUUCACAUCCUCGACAAAUCGACUCCCUCGUACGUCGACCUGAUGAUGCUCGAAAAUCAAAGAGAGCGAGAAAAGCAGAACGAAAAGCUGCGGAACGAGCUGCUCAAGAGGAAAAUAAACGUUCCAAGAAGGGAUCCAAGCGAAGAGAAAUGGAGAAGAGAAUGGCUUCUUUAAAAGCUGAUUUAGCAGCUGAGGGAGUCGAAGGAGAAGUCAAUUGGGAUAGUCUGGAGAAAGUGCUGGAUGGGGAAUGGAAUGAAGGUGAAUGGGAAAAAGUGGUAGGAGGUAUGCUCAGUAGGGCUGGUGAGAAAGAGGACGAAGAUGGUAAACCCACUUGGGAUGAUGAUCUCGGAGAUGCAGAAUACGAUGAGAUAGAUGGACAAGGAGAAGGCUAUGCGGACGAAGGCAUGGAUGUGGAUAUUCAAUACGAUCAGGAUGAGGAUGAUGGACCGAUUAAUAUGGAUGCCGACUUUGUCGAAGAAGAACCUACCAAAAAGAAACGAAAGAAGGAUAAGAAGAAGAAAAACAGAGCAGUUUCGCCCGAAAUCGCCACUCCCGAUGAUUCCAACCUCACUGUCGCAGACAAAGCUAAAGCGGUCAAGGAAGCUAUGGAAGAAUAUCGAGCUUUGGAUCACGAAGAUAUAAUCGGUGAUCUACCCACCAAAUUCAAAUAUACUCAAGCUGCUCCUACAUCAUUUGGUCUUACUCCAGUCGAGAUCCUCUUAGCUACCGAUGAAGAACUGAACAAGGUUCUAAGUGUGAAGAGUAUCGCACCAUACAAGAAAGGUGGAAUUGGUAUGCAAGGUAGAGGUCUCGGUGCAAGAGUGCGGGAACUGAAAGAUGAAGUCAGGAAGAGAAGGUGGGGUCAAGAAGUCAAACCUUGGAAGGAGAAUGCUCCGGAACAUGCUGCUAGAAGGGAUGGAGGGGGUGACGGAGGAGGAGAGGACGGGGAGCGGAAGAGAAGUGGUAAGAGGAAGGGUAAGAAGGAGAGACAGAAGGCGGUGAAGUCAGAUUAA